GCGCCGUUGCCAUGACAACACUCUUGACGCUAAGCUAGAGUUUUCAAAGGAUCUUCAGAGCUGCAGGCGCCCUGGGUGUAAUUCCAUGAGCCAGCCAGACGCAGAAGCUAAGGCCAGGACUUCAAAGACAGGAGCUGUGGGGAUGGCACAUCUGCUGGGCAGCCAGUCCUGCAUGGACAGCCUGCGCAAGGACCUCACUGAUCUGCAGGGUGCUAUUGUGGAUGUGUUCUCACGUGCUGGGCCUGUGCGCUUCCCCUCCUGGAAGUUCCCUGACCGUGUGGCCUGUGACCUCGACAUGGUGGCCCUGCUGGAACACUAUGACCAUGUGCCAGAUGAUCCCGAAUUCACGCAGCUGUCCCAUGCAGUGCUGCUAGAGCUGGUCAUUGACAGGCUCCUGCUGCUACUUCAGAGCUGCACCAGCUACCUGGAGAACCUUGGCUCAGGUCAGACAAUGCCCCCUGCCCAGGCUGCAGGGCCCUGCAUGUCCGUGGGGCUCACAGUACGACGCUUCUGGAAUAGCCUGCUAAGGCUGGGCAUGCUCUACCAGCAGGUGGCUGGCCAGAAAAGGGCAAAACAAGGAGAGACUCCCAUCUCUAAGCCCACAGCCAAGGGUGAGCCAGCCAGGAGCCCUGAAUGUAUGACUGCCAAGUUCAUCAAGCCUCCCUCCCCAACAGCAGGCUUGACCCAUACCUACCAAGGGCCACAGAGAAUCCCUGUCAGAGUCUCCUUGAGGUAUCCAGCUGGGACAUCCAAGAACACCAAAAGCGUCCAGUCCCAGACCAUCGAGACAGCGCUGGUACCCUGUGAUGCAUGUACCAGUGUCCAGGGCAGCCUUUGGGAAGUGGGCAAAGUGGUCAUCAGCCUGUGUCAGAGCCAGAACUUGCCCUCAUCCUUGGGUCAGUUCCAGCAGCUGGUACAGGACAGCAUGGGGCUCAGGCCACUACCAGCUGCCACCAUGGGCCACUGGGCAACAGAGCAGAGCAAAGACCUGGCACGCCUCAGUAAGCAUGUGAGCACUCUCACUCAGCUUGUUGGGCCCCUUAGGGCCCAACUGGAGGAGGCUGAAGGACAGAAGGAUGGACUGAGGAAGCAGGUGGGCAAGCUGGAGCAUGCCCUGAAGCAGGAGCAGGGCGAGCGGCAGCGGCGGGCAGAAGAGGCUGAGCAGCACAUGGCCCAGCAGGAGUGUGACAGGCAGCAUUUACUUGCAGAAACAUGUGACCUAAAAACAAAGGUGGCCACCCUAGAAGAGGAGCUGAAGCAGCGACAGGAGUCCAUGCAGGCAAUGGAAGCAAAGACCCAGCAGCUGCAGGAGGAAAGUGAGCGCAGGGCAGUGGCUGAAAGGCAGGUGCAGAAGCUGGAGGAGCAGGUACAGCUGCUGGCAGGGCGGCUGGACAGUGCUGGCCAGCAGAUCCGCUGGGCCAGCACAGAGCUGGACAAGGAGAAGGCCCGUGUCGACAGCAUGGUUCGCCAUCAGGAGUCCCUGCAAGCCAAACAGCGGGCCCUGCUACAGCAGCUGGACAUCCUGGACCAGGAGCGUGAGGAGCUACGGGGCAGUCUGGAAGAGGCCGAGGCCCAACGAGCCCAGGUGGAGGAGCAGCUACAGAACCUGCAGAGCCAGAGGGAGCAGGGACAGUGCCAGCUCCAGGCCCAGCAGGAGCUACUACAGAGCCUGCAGCGGGAGAAGCAGGACAUGGAGCAGGUGACAACAGAUCUGCGACUGACCAUCUCAGAACUGCAACGGGAGUUGGCGGAGCUGAGGGAGCGAGAGCGGCUGCUGGUGGCCUUUCCUGACCUACACAAGCCCAUGGAGGCCCAGAUCCCAAACUCUGGCAACGUCACAGAUGACAUGGAGAGGCAGGUGCAGGCCAAUGACAUCCGCAUCCGGGUCCUGCAGGAGGAGAACGGGCGGCUCCAGUCAAUGCUGUCCAAAAUCCAUGAGGUUGCCCAGCAGGGGGCCCUCAAGAUGAUUCCACAGGACCAGCUCUGGUCCCCUCCCAGCAAGGGAACCCAAGGAGCAGCAUCCCGGGCCCAGGCCCAGAGUACAUCCCCAGGGCCUCUAGGCAGGUGGCACCCUCCUGGCAGCAGGACAAGCAGUGCAGGCAGGACUCUGCCAGGCCAGUCUCGAGCAUCCCCACCUCGGCAGCCCUCCACCUGGCCCAACAAAUCCUCCCUGGAGGACAUGACCCACUCUGCCAUCUGUACCCAGAACCCCAUCCGGACCUUGGCCAAGCUGAGGAGGAGACUGUCACCAAGCCGGGGCCAGGCGGGUACUGCAAACCAGCCCCAGGAACCACCCUUGUAGGCUGUGGCAGAGGUGGGGAUAGAGGACAAGUAGCUGGCAACUCCCAAUGAAAUAAAGGCCCAGCCAUCUAACCAA